CACAAAAAUAUUACUAUAAAAUGGGCUGUGCUUUAAGAAAGCAAGAAAGGAUAUAUGAAGAUCAUGUUGUACUCGCAGCUCAGACACAUUUUUCUUUGGAAGAUGUCAAGGCCUUAAAUGAACUCUUCAGAAAAUUAAGUUGUUCUAUUUGCAAAGAUGGGUUUAUUAGCAAAGAAGAGUUCCAGCUUGGAUUGUUCAGAGAUAGCAGGAAGCAAUCUCUAUUUUCAGACAGGAUGUUCAAGUUGUUUGACUCCAACAAUGAUGGGCUAAUAGACUUUGGCGAGUUUAUUCGUACACUAAGCAUCUUCCAUCCUGAUGCUUCUCAAGCACAGAAAAUUGCUGUUGCAUUUAAACUGUAUGACUUAUGGCAAAGAGGCUUCAUUGGCCGUGAAGAGGUGAAGGAGCUGAUUUUAGCACUAUUAUAUGAGUCAGAAUUAAUACUCACUGAUGAUAUAGUUGAAGAUAUUGUCGACAAGACAUUGGAAGAGGCAGAUUCAAAAGGGGAUGGAAAGAUAGAUAUAGAAGAAUGGAAUAAUUUUGCAGCUCUAAAUCCAUCUUUAUUGAAGAACAUGACAAUUCCAUAUCUCAAGGAUAUCACAGCUGCAUUUCCUAGUUUUGUGCUGAAUAUAGAAAAAAAUGAUGAGAUUUACAAGGAUUUCUGAGUUAUAUAUAAUUAAGGAAAAUGCAGUUGCUAUUUAUCUGAAAAAUGAAAAAUGUUUCCCUAACAUUGUAUUCUUGAAAAUUUAUCUGAUUUUGUAGUUCAUUAUAAAUGUUAUUUUAGUUAUAUGACCUUUUUCAUA